AUGUCGGGUUACAGAGAUCAGAAAGCUGUCAUCAAGAAUGCGGAUAUGUCAGAGGAUAUGCAACAGGCAGCCGUAGACAUCGCUAACCAGGGGAUGGAUAAAUUCAACAUUGAAAAAGAUAUUGCUGCGCAUAUCAAGAAGGAAUUUGACCAAAGAUACAGCCCAACUUGGCACUGUAUUGUUGGCCGAAACUUUGGCAGCUAUGUCACACAUGAGACCAAACACUUCAUUUACUUCUACAUGGGCCAGGUUGCCAUUCUUCUCUUCAAAUCCGGCUAA